AUGAAGACCGUUGCAGUCGCCUCCUCGCUCCUGCUGACCGUUGCGGCUGUCCCAGUGGAGCAGAGACAGGCCACUGAGAUGGACUUUACCAACUUCGUCGCUAACACUAUCGCAAAUGGCAACGGUGCUGUCAUCUCCUACGACAUCGCCAUUCCCGGUGUCAUGAGCACACACUGCGCGUAUUUCGACAGCACGUCUACUGAGGAGCUGCCUAGCGUCUCGGCCGCUACGUGUGACAACUCGGCCAUGAUCUGGCAAUUCCACCAGGAUCCUUCGCUGCCUGGGGCCGAAGGGCAGUACCGCAUCGUCGUCACCUAUAUCGACGCUUCCGGCGUGGGACACUCUGGCUACCACGAGUGGCUUCCGACCGACUUCCCAGCCGAGACCUAUGGUUCCACGAGCGAGACCGUUUACCGAGGGGAGUCGAGCUUUGUCAUUUCUGACUUGUCGUGA